GCAGGUAAGCGUGGAAGUCCGAAAAAAGAACCCUAAUCAUUUGUCUUUCACAAAAACACAAAUAAGUCAACAAAUUCCGGUCCCCGUCUUCUCCCUCAACUAAUCUACUUGCAGGUUUGCAGUAGCGGAGGAGUAUUGCCGGAUUAUGGCGGCCGAUAGUUCUAGAUCUUCAACAUCAUCGGCCGAUACGUACAUUGGAAGCUUGAUUAGUUUGACGUCCAAGAGCGAGAUCCGAUAUGAGGGAAUUUUAUACAACAUCAACACCGAAGAAUCCUCAAUCGGAUUGCGGAACGUAAGAUCAUUUGGAAGUGAAGGCCGAAAGAAAGAUGGACCACAAAUCAUGCCCAGUGAGAAAGUUUAUGAAUACAUCUUAUUUCGUGGAAGUGACAUCAAGGAUCUUCAGGUGAAAACAUCACCACCUGUUCAACAACCAACACAACCCAUAAACAGUGAUCCUGCCAUUAUACAAUCUCACUACCCUCGGCCAACUUUAACACCUUCAACCCUCCCCCCAACUGCUAACACCAACUCUUUUCUUGACCAAACUACCCCUAACCAACAACUAGGACACUCUGGCAUGCCAUUAUACCAACCAGAUGGAAAUAUGGCUUCGUGGGGCCCAUCGCCACCUCCUCCAAAUUCCAAUUCUCUUCAAAUGCCAAUGUAUUGGCCAGGAUUCUAUCCACAGUCAAUGUAUCGACCAAUGCAGUAUCCUAAUUUCAACUCUCCCUUGCCCGGUGGGCUGCCCAACCUGCCCGAAUAUUCAUCUUCAUUAUUACCAACAUCCGCCAGCUCAGCUUCUACUUUACUGGGGUCCACCUUGCCUUCCAGUCUUCCUCCUGUUCCACCUUUGGUAUUAACCACUGAACCCUUACCAAACUUUUUACAAACUAAUGUCCCCAACACUAACCCUGUGGUUUCUACUACUACUAUUACCAAUUCCAAUUCUACCCCUGAUGUAAAUGUCAGCAUAGCUCCAGUUUCUAACAACUCCAUUGAGUCACUGACACCAUCACUAGUGACACAUGGACAGUUGUUGCAGCCUGGGAAAGAUACGGGUGUUUCAUUUUCAUCAUCUCAGUCUUCUCAAGCUGUUAUUCAUAAGGAUGUGGACCCCACACCAUUGUCAGAAACACCUGUUGAAGCUCAGCCUCCAAUAUUGCCAUUACCAAAUCAACCACGUAAUGCUCCAAAGGCAAAUGGAGCUACUUACCAUAAUCACCAUAAUUACAGAGGGCGUGAAAGAGGCAGAGGAUCAGGGGUAAAUGGCUCAAGACCAGUGAUGAAAUUUACUGAAGAGUUUGACUUUACUGCAAUGAAUGAAAAGUUCAACAAGGAUGAAGUCUGGGGUACUUUGGGAAAAACCAGUUCAAAAGAUAGUGAUGAGGAUGAAUUACAAGAUGAAAAUUAUAAUGCUGCUCUACCAAAAUUGGACGUCAAGCCUGUUUAUAGUAAGGAUGAUUUUUUUGAUACAUUAUCGAGCAACUCCAGUGAUCAUCAAUUAAAUAAUGGAAGGACAAGAUUCUCUGAGCAGAUGAAACUAGAUACAGAGACGUUUGGAGAAUUCUCAAGAUACCGAGGGGGGAGGGGCGGCCGUGGGCCCUACCGUGGUGGUCGUUCACGAGGUGGUGGCGGCUAUUAUCAUGGAAGGGGAUACAAUUAUGUCAAUAGGGGUCGUGGUGGGAGAAUUCUUUCCCGUGAUUAUUAAAGUAUUUAUUGUGUUAAAAUGUUGCUUCAGUUUUUGGUUGUUUCUCAAUGAUAAAAAUUGUUGUCAUUUGUUAGAAUUAAAAGAAUGUUUGAAUGCAAAAAUAGUAAUGUACUUUUUA